UUCGACGUUUUGUCCCAUAUCGUCAAUCUACCCGUCUCUUGGGUUUUAAGAACGAACGGUUCCGCCGCUCACGUUUGUUACGCGCUGUCGAUUCGCAUGGCUCACAGGCUCACCCCACUGUCAUCGUCUCUAUCGUCGCACGCGGGGUCUGUUGAAUAUGCAUUCGUUCUGCAUCAUAUCAUACUGUGUUCACCUUUACGCAGCGAAAAUUUGUCAUUACUCUGUUCGAUAUACUCUGUUGUUUUGUUUCGUCUAGUUGCCCGGUUUUCUGUUGUCAUGACAUGUCGUGCUAUUUCCCGCAUAAAUGCGGAUGGGUUAUGUACAUAAAGUACACAAACUAACCAAAUGGAUUGCUCACUGUCUCUCCUUGCCACUUGCACGGUCGACUAAGAGUAAGUACUGAAUUGGAGAUGUGACAGGUGGCCCGACUU